UGAGCUUUUCUGAAAUGCGACAGUAUCCAAUUCCCUUAUCAUAGUAAAAUUACUAGACUUAAAUGGAUAUUAUGUAAUUUUGGGUUUUAACUUGAAACAUCUGAUAUAUAGUUAUCGUAACAGACCUUGUCACCUGUCAGUUAAUAAAAUUAAGUAAGUGGGGUCAAAUAAAUAGUAUAUAAUUAGUAAUUAGUAUAAUUAGUAUUAGUAUAUAGAUAAUAAUUGAUAAUAUAUAGAUCGUAUUUCAUAGAUAUGCUAUUUUGUAUAUCUAUAUAUAAUUUAAACCCACUUCCAAACAUCUCACACCUGUUUCCUUUACUACCUUUCUUCCUCCAAACACUCCCAGAGUAGUUAAUAGAUUCUAUUAAAAGAGAAGAAAAGGAAAAAGGAAAAAGGAAAAAGAAAAAAACGGAGAAGGAAUCGUAUGUGAAAGGGUACAUGAUAUGGAACAAGAUCAUGGGAGUAAUAAUGUGAAUAUGAUCGCACCAUUUGUGAUGAAAACAUAUCAGAUGGUGAGUGAUCCUUCUACAGAUCAUCUUAUCAUUUGGGGAAGAGCUAAUAACAGUUUUGUUGUGGUGGAACCUCUAGAGUUUUCACAGCUGAUUCUUCCUGCUUAUUUCAAGCACAACAAUUUUUCUAGUUUUGUUCGUCAACUUAAUACUUAUGGAUUCCGAAAGGUAGAUCCAGACAAGUGGGAAUUCGCGAAUGAAUUGUUCUUGCGAGGGCAAAAGCACCUAUUAAGGAAUAUAGCUCGCAAGAAGCAUUCUACUUCUCGACCCCACCAUCACCUUCAAGAUGACGAUGACCACGAAUUAUUAGUUGAAAUCGAACGAUUGAGAAAGGAGCAAAAGACCUUAGAUGACGAGCUUAAAGGAAUGAAUCGACGAUUAGAGGCAACCGAGAGACGCCCUCAACAAAUGAUGGCCUUCCUAUGCAAAGUUGUAGAAGAUCCUGAGAUCUUGCCACGAGUCAUGAUGGACUGUGAUCGUGCCAAACAUAUAUGCAAUGGUGGAGAGAUUGGAGUGGCAAGACCUGAAAAACGAAGGCGGUUCCUUAUGAUGUCAUCCUCCACAUCAUCAUCAGGUCUUGCCCAAUCAAAUAAUAGUGAGGACGACGUCGACGAAGGUACUAUGUUAGGAGCAACUUCAUCAUCACAUAUAAAUACUGAAGUAGAUACAUUUCAACACUCUCCCACAUCACCGAAUACAUUUAAUAGCCCUAUGUUUCUAAAUAGGUUAGGAUCUAGCCAUGAACAAUAUAAUUGUAUUAGUGUUACAUCUAACCCAUUACCUUUAGAUUUGGUACCAAAUCUUGACCGUUUACAAAUGGGUGUUGACAAUAGUAUUUAUUUAGGGCAUAAUCCUAAUUAUAUGCCCUUGAAGGAGGAUAAUAAUCCAUCAUAUCCAUUUUCACUUUUGGAUGGAAGCUUUUAGAAUAUAUAAUUAGUAAACCCUGUUGUACUUUGAAUAUGGCAUUACUUCUUUUGGUAAACAAUAGAUAUUUUAUAAGUGUGAAAUUGUCAAAUAUGUAUUAUACAAGCGUAAGAUUGCUAUAAAUCAAGCUUAACUUUUAUAUGAUAUAAAGUAGAGACAUUAUUAUAUAUGUAUUUUACUAAUUGAUAAGGGAGGAAAAUAAGUGUACAUAGUGAUUGAUAUUGAUACUUUUGUAUUCUUUUC